UCCGUGCUCCCAGCUAACAAUAGCUCUGGGAUCGGCAGCGGGCGGCAGAGCGGAGCGAGCCCGGAGCAGAGCACCGUGCACCGAAUACAUGAGACGGCGUGUCCCGGUGUCGGACAUUAUCACCCAGCACUGUGGGAAUUUACAUCUGCAAGCAGACAAGUGGCUGAAGCUUCCCCUCUUUGGCUUUCUGUGAGAGGAGCGACCCAGACACGACGUUAACAGGAGCGGCCGGCUGCAGCCUAGCUGAAGAUGUCCGAUAAUGGGGAGGUCGAGGACAAGCCCCCAGCUCCACCCAUGAGGAACACCAGCACCAUGAUCGGCUCCAGCAACAAGGACCCCGUCCCCCUCAACCACGGCUCCAAGCCCCUCCCACCAAACCCGGAGGACAAGAAGAAGAAAGACCGCUCGAUCCGAUUCAUCCUGACAGGAGGAGGUGAUAAGACCUAUAAGAAGAAGGAGCGUCCAGAGAUUUCUCUGCCAUCUGAUUUUGAACACACCAUCCAUGUCGGCUUCGAUGCUGUUACCGGGGAGUUUACUGGCAUGCCAGAGCAGUGGGCCCGGCUCCUGCAGACGUCCAACAUCACCAAACUGGAGCAGAAGAAGAAUCCUCAGGCUGUUCUCGACGUCCUAAAGUUCUACGACUCAAAAGAAACGGCCAACAGCCAGAAAUACAUGAGCUUCACAGAUAAAAACACAGACGCCUACACCUCCUCCACCACAGCGAGCUCAAAGGCCGUGUCGGAGACGCCCGCCAUAGCAACCGUAUCCGAGGACGAGGAUGAAGACGAGGCCGAGCCCCCGCCAGUGAUCGCCCCCCGACCAGAACACACCAAAUCAAUAUACACCCGCUCAGUGAUUGAGCCCCUCCCUCCUCCUCCACCGACCAAAGAUGCUGCGACCUCUCCCAUCACCAUGCCGACGGCCGCCGCCGCCGCUGUUACCCCUGCACCUCCUGCAGAAGGAGGAGCUCCCAGCAGCCCUCCCAGUGCGAGCCCCGCCCCCGGGCCCUCUGUGCCCCGCCCCCAGGAUAAAACCAGGAAGAAGAAGAUGUCGGACGAGGAGAUCCUGGAGAAACUACGGACGAUUGUAAGUGUUGGAGACCCCAAGAAGAAAUACACUCGCUUUGAGAAGAUCGGACAGGGAGCCUCUGGGACUGUGUACACAGCUAUAGACAUCGCUACAGGACAGGAGGUUGCCAUUAAACAGAUGAACCUGCAGCAGCAGCCGAAGAAAGAACUGAUCAUCAAUGAGAUUCUGGUGAUGAGGGAAAAUAAAAACCCAAACAUAGUCAACUACCUGGACAGUUACCUGGUGGGUGACGAGCUGUGGGUGGUGAUGGAGUACCUGGCUGGAGGCUCGUUGACUGACGUCGUCACGGAAACCUGUAUGGAUGAAGCCCAGAUAGCUGCGGUGUGCAGAGAGUGUCUCCAGGCGCUGGAGUUCCUCCACUCAAACCAGGUCAUCCAUCGAGACAUCAAGAGUGACAACAUCCUGCUGGGCAUGGACGGCUCCGUCAAACUUACUGAUUUUGGGUUCUGCGCUCAGAUCACUCCGGAGCAGAGCAAACGCAGCACCAUGGUCGGGACUCCGUACUGGAUGGCUCCAGAGGUCGUGACCCGUAAAGCCUACGGCCCCAAAGUGGACAUCUGGUCCCUGGGAAUCAUGGCCAUAGAGAUGGUGGAGGGAGAGCCGCCGUAUCUGAAUGAAAAUCCACUCAGGGCACUGUAUCUCAUAGCAACCAACGGGACGCCGGAGCUGCAGAACCCGGAGAAACUGUCGACAACAUUCAGAGACUUCCUGAACCGAUGUCUGGAGAUGGACGUGGAGAAGAGAGGCUCGGCCAAAGAGCUGCUGCAGCAUCAGUUCCUGAAGAUGGCGAAGCCUCUCUCCAGUCUGACUCCUCUCAUUGUUGCAGCCAAGGAGGCUGCCAAGAACAACCGCUAGCUUUGCACUCAUUAUUUUGUCUAUCCACCCCCCUCUCUCUCCAUCCUCUCUCUUCUUCCCUCUCUCUUCUUCAUGUGGGAGGACGGUGAUGGGUUACAAAACUCUUUGAUGGAAUGCCUAUAGUCUUUCUCUUCUUCUUCUUCUUCUCUUUGUCUUUUGUAACCUGCACCACCUGCUCCUUCACCCUGUGACCUUUGACCCUAAGCUCGACCUCCCUAAUCGACCCCCCUGCCCUCCGCCCGCCCCUCGGCCUCCCACCGGGAGAAUCGAGGGUAGUUUCUCGCUGUAACUACUUUUUGACUCUCCACUGGACUCGGACAGGAAGAUGGGAGCGGAGGGCUGACUGGAUGACAUCAUUGGUUGAUCUGUGAUCAAGUAACGUCAUCGGUGACAUCAUCACCCCCUCAGCCAGUACGAACAGCCCAAUAUGAGAGCCCAAAGACUCAUGGGAGUUUUUUUUUUAAAUCAAUGUUUGUUAGUUUUUUUUUUUCUACCUUGUCUGUAAAAGCUGUGGACCACCCUCUGCUGCAGACUGUGUGUGUGUGUGUGUGUGUGUGUGUGUGUGUGUGCGUGCGCGCACGCGUGCGUGUGCGUGCGUUAGUUGAGGUCCUAGCUUCCUGUCGUGCAUCUGAGUUUCAGUCAGAUUUAUUUCCUCCGUUUCAAAGAGCAUUUGUUGAUUUUCUCUUUUUUUUUUUUUAUCUGCUUUUCUCUGUAUGUGUGUGUGUGUGUGUGUGUGUGUGCGCGCACGUAGUGUGUAUUUUUGGUCAUGGGGGGUUGUGUUGGGACAUUGAUUAAGUCGAUUGUAGUGUUUACCUUCUGUAGUUUUGGACACGGAGCAGGUGAGGUUUGGUACUUUGUCUUGUCUGCAGUGUGAGCUCUGAGUUGCAGAUUGUUAAUAUGAAUUAUCAUAAAGAAAAAAACGCACCCAGAGCCAUCGAUGGACUGAGUUUAGACAGAAGACAGAACAGAUGCUCCAAGAUGUCUUUCCAGGAGGACCAGUGUUUAUAUUUUUAGGACAAGUUUUUAUCAUGAGGUUGUCACAGUUGCUGAUAUCGGACCAGCGUUUCCCAUUGUACGGGUACCUGCAGGGCUCAAAAUGAGACUCAGAGUGCAGGUCCGGUUGUUUGCAUGUUAAAUUUUCUUACUGCUGUCAGAGAAGCUGGAUCCUGAAAGAAGAGAGAUCUGAGAAAAGGAAGAGAGGCAGCUACUGUUGUUAUUUUGUUUUUGUUUGACAUGAAUGAAAAUCACUCCACUCGUUUAUUUUUGUGAUAGACAAUAGAAAAACUCAAAAUCGAUGCAGCUGAACCAGAGAUUACAUUCUCCCUGCUGCCUACAUUACCCACAAUGCAGCUUGACUGCUGAUCAUUCUUGAAAAAGUGAAUCACAGUGAACAUGAAGCAUGACGUUUUACUUCAUUUCACUCGUGUUAUCUUCAUGUCAGUCAUCCGACACUGAAAUGAGCAAAACACUCACGUCCUCCUUUAAAGCUGAUGCGGUGUCCAAAAGAUUUUCUACAUGCACAAAUCUAAAAUCAGGUCAUCUUCAAAAAUCUAAAUGCCAUGUACAAAUGUAUAAUGUUUACCCAUAACACUCGGUCCAUCUGCGGCUCUGGGACUUCACUGUCUGCGGACUCCACACUGAGACUGUGAGGGAGAGAAUGUGCAUGUCAACAACCUUUUUUAUAUGGUACGUUUAAGAAAAAAUAAUAAGUGAGUUGUGAUAAUGCUGAAACGUAAAGUGACGAUACAUGAAGGAUGCUUGUGUACGAUAGGAGAAAUCAUAUCUUAAUCCUAUUUUCAGAAGACAAAUAAAUGCUGCGAUGGUACAAUGUUGUUGUUUCUGACUGUUGGAUCCCAGGAACGCUCUGAACAUAAGGUGUAUAUUUUACAUGCAAAACAAAAAAAACAAUGUUUCAGCCUUUGUUUACGGACUGUUUUUUUAUAAUUGAUCAAUGUCAGAAAAUGAGUUCAUGACCUAAUUUUGUUUCUUUAUUUUCUGUGAAUUAAAGCAACAGAGCCUUUCUUGACGACAAACAAACAUCCUGUAACUGAUUGGUCACAGGUUCAAAUCCUGCAAGAGCCAAAGUUUCUAUCAGCAGCCACGGUUGUUCGCUCUGCAUUUGAACAUUUGAAACACCUGCAAUGUAAAUACACACCAAACAUUUCCAAAACAUGGAGUUGUUUUUAUUGAUUUAUUUUUUAGUUUUUUUAUGUAGUGAUAAUGUACCUCUGGCCUUAAACUGUUUCAAAGGUGCAAGACUACUUUAGUACCAGUCUGAUGGCAACAUUUUGAGGCAACAGUGAAUAAUGUUGUCAGCGCUUUAAGGCUGCAGCUAACCAUGAUUUUGGUUAUCAAUUAAUCUGCUGAUUAUUUUUAAAACAUUGUGAAAACAUGUUCAUCACGGUGGCCGUGUGAUGUCUUUAUGCAACCAACGCUCCAAACCCAAAAACAUACAGCUGAUAUGAAGUAAUAAAAGCAGAAUGAUUGGCAACUAAAUCAUUCAUCGAUUGUCAAAACAUUUGCAGAUUAAUUUUAUAAUCAAGUGUGGAGAGACAAAAAAAUCAUCAAGACCACAUGUUUGUGAUCCUUGUGUGGACCGUGACAGCACGCAGCUGUUUACACUGACUGGAUUAAAUCUGGGUUAAACUGCCUGAAACUGUUGCCACUGUGUGUUUGUGUUACCUGGUCUGAAUCCCCCUGACACAGAGCUGGACCUGAAGAACUGUUCUGAUUUUCUCUGAGAUCACAUGAAAACCACAGCAUGUUUCUUUGAAUUACCCUUCAGCCUUUGGUAAAAUGUUAUUUUUACCAUUUAAUUUCAUUUUGAAGAGGUCAUAUCAAUCUGCCAGUGUGUGCUGAUGUGAUGGAUCAAACCGUAUUUAUGAUGAACCUGCUGCAGUGAGAUGAGUUUCAUAAUGUUAUGUUUGAUACAUUCUCAGUUAAAUAGUUGUUUCUUAUCUAAACCUUUCAGGAAACGUCAUGGCAAUAAUCUGCCCUCUCUCCCAGGGGAAAUAUUUUUAAUACUCCAGCAUUUCAGUAUGGAGGCAGAUCCAUGAUGGGCUGUCACAUAAUGACAAGCCAAGUCAUACUGACAUGUUCAGCAGUUUUCAUUUUUAGAGCUUGUUUCGUUUGGCCAACAGACAGCAGGGACGUUUCAGUGUAGAUAACGUGAAUGCCACUGCAGUUCCUGAAAGACAGGAGUCUGAAUUUCUUCCACCUGCAUAAACACACUUUUAGCUGCACGUGAGAAUUCUGCUUCAGCUGCAGAGGAGACACAAAAUGGCUUCAAAUGACACUGCUCUUAUGAAAGAGGAUCCGUCCAUGAUCAUCCUUUUUUCUUUAGUUUUCACAAAAAUGUGCUGACCAUCACAUCCAGCCUGAUAAAUGAGCCUCUGUAGGAAACAAAUGGACCGCUGUUGGGUUGAUGAUGUGUUACAAAUACUGCUGGACCCUAGAACAAGUUAAAUAUUAUGAAUUACUUUGGUAAAAAUAAUCAUUUUACUGUAUGAAGUGAGCAUCAACAGGCAGGGUACAGUUGACGGGGGAUUCAGACUCGGUGCAGUCUAAAGGUCUAAGAAAGGACUGGGUUCAGUCCAGAAUGAGGCGGUCAAUGAAGUCUUCACUCCUCAGUGUAUCAGAGCCAUAAUUUAUCUGUUUGAGUCAUUUUUUGAUUAUUUGAAACAACUCUGAGAAAUGAAAAGAAUAAAACUGUA